CAUUUAACGAAGUUAGUAUUUAUUUAAUUAGUAGUAGCUCCUAAGCGACACUACUAGGUAUGCACCUAUGACACUUUUCAUACGGUGGUUAACGCGACAGCAAAUACCCUAAAACAGAGCGGCAGCCAAGCUGUCGAUGUUCCCCUUUCUUGGUGUAGUCGGCAUCCCUAUAUGUAUCAUGCCUAUACAGGCAUGUAUAGGGCAUAUAUAACCCCCCCCCUCCCUCUAUAUACCUACCUACGUACCCAUGCCGUUUCAAAGUUCCCAUCUCGUUUCUUUCUCUCCUCCGUACUCCUAUCCGCCGUAGGCUCGGUCCCUAUAUCUGCACAGCAUACGCCCAUACACGCCUCGCACGCCGUGGCGGCUAUACACUAUUGCUAAGUGAGGUCGGAGUACUGGCCGGUAUUGUCACCUUAACCGGGCGUCCCAUUUGAGGAACUGACUAUGUCUAUCCCGUCUGCUGUCGCCCGAUGCGACGACAGGAGGGGCGAGCAGCCGAACAAAUCGGCGUGGCUUCAAUUCAUCAAGUCUAUCGCUACCUUCAAGGGAGAUCUCACUGCCUUAACCGCGCCGCCAUUUCUACUCGCGCCGCAAUCCAUCGUGGAAUACAGCACGUACUGGGCUGAACAUCCGAGCCUGUUCGUGUCGCCUGCGAAGGAGAGCUGUGCGGAUAAGAGAGCUUUGCGCGUUCUCCAGUGGUUUCUAAGUACGCUCAAGCAUCAGCAUGCGGGAAAGGACGAGAAUGGGAAAAGAAAAAGGAUGAAGCCUCUCAACCCAUUCCUCGGUGAGAUAUUUCUGGGCAAGUGGCAGGACCACUCGGGGACCACGCAUCUCGUGAGCGAGCAGGUCAGCCAUCAUCCGCCAGCGACCGCGUUCAGGGUCUGGAACGACACUCAUGGUAUCAAGCUCGAAGGGCACGUAGCGCCCAAAGCCUACUUCUCGUCCACGGUAAAUAUAGACCGGAAAGGGUACAGCAUUAUGCACAUCGACGAGUACGAGGAAGACCACUGGAUCACGAUGCCCAAGGUCCACGUCGAAGGCCUCAUGACUUUCCAGAUUGCCCCCGAGCUUAGCGGAGUGUCAUACAUUCGCGGCUCGUCGGGCUACACGUCACGUGUCCACUACUCAAGUAAAGGGUGGCUGAGGGGCAAGAGCAACUCGUUUGUCGCGACCCUCUACUUGGACCACGACGAAGAAAAUCCUCUAUACGUUCUAGAAGGCCAGUGGAGUCACGCAUACACCAUUAGGACCGGGAUGGGCGAGCUGCUCGAGACGAUAGAUUUGUCAUCGUUGCAGAGGACGCCUCUUCAGGUCGACCCUGUGGGACUGCAGCAUCCCCUUGAGUCAAGGCGCGCGUGGAAGCGUGUUGUCGACGCGAUAAACUCGGGCGAUUUCUUCACCGCGAGUCAGGAAAAGAGCAAGAUCGAGAAUGCGCAGCGCGCGUUGAGAAAACUCGAGAGGGACACCGGCGAAACGUGGCGGAGACGCUAUUUUUCGCAGGCGUGUGAGGACCCUGUAGCAGAGAAACUGUCGAUAAAAAGUAGGGCUGGAGAAGCAGACGGACACGACAGGAUGAUUUGGAAGUUCGACGAGAAGAAGUUCAGCAAGAUCGUAGAGGCUCAGCGUAACGGCAUCAAGAGCCCCACACACGAUCGGUUCGAAUUAGGCGUCGAGUUCGUGGGCGUGGAAACGUAAAGAGAGCGGUUCCCUACCUGUCCAGGUCGAAGUAAUCGCAUCCAUGCGAGUCUAUGGAACCUGUCAUAUAGAUAUCAUCCUCUCUUAGGUAGGUAUAUUAGAGAGAAUAUUG